UCUGGAAUGGCAACCCUGAGUCGUCACAUCCAAUGAGAGAAAAUCUUUCAGUGUUUUGUUUUGUCAACUCCAACCAAUUGCAUUCGCUAAACACUUCUGAAAAUCAACUCCUGUUCUUCGUACUGGUAUCGUGGGCGAAUCUGCCCAGUUAUGAUGGAAUCUGAAAAAUGUUUAGCUUAACUUUGGGCUGGAUAUGAAGCUGGAGAACUGGCCAGCCCUUGCUUCGUCUGUCAUACAUUGUCCUACUACUAGGUAAUGCCUAUAGCUAGGUAUACCUAGUAGUAACCAAAGGCUAGGCCUCAUUGGGGUUAUUUUCAUUACAAUUUGAACUAAAUCAUAAUGUCAUCUCGCUGUCAGCACUGUGGGUGUGGGGAAAUUGACAUUGACCCAGCUCGUGGAGAUGCUGUUUGUACUUCAUGUGGUACAGUUUUAUCUGAACAUAAUAUUGUCAGUGAAGUACAGUUUUUAGAAAAUUCACAUGGUGGUACUUCAGCGAUUGGUCAGUUUGUUUCUUCAGACAGUGUCAGUAAACGGCCAUUGUUGAAAGGAAUUCGGGGUAAUUUUGCGAGAGAAAGCAAGGAAAUCACACUAGGCAAUGCUCGGAAAAAAAUUAGUGCUCUUGCUCAACAGUUACGAUUAAAUCAGCACAGCAUAGAAACUUCAUUUAACUUUUUCAAAUUGGCAUUAAGUAAAAGUCUCACACGUGGUAGAAAAAACAAUUUGGUGAUUGGUGCAUGUGUGUAUAUAACCUGCCGGACAGAACAAACUGCUCACAUGCUAAUUGACGUUAGUGACGCUCUUCAAACAGAUGUGUACGAGUUAGGACGAACUUAUUUGCGGCUGUCAUCAGCUUUGUGUAUAAGCAUACCUGCAAUGGAUCCUUGCCUAUAUAUUUGGAGGUUUGCUCAUAAACUCUCUUUUAAUGAUAAAACCUAUGCUGUAUCAGAAACUGCAUUGCGUCUUGUGAAGAGAAUGAAGCGGGAUUGGAUGCACACUGGUAGGAGACCAUCUGGAGUAUGUGGUGCUGCCCUAGUCAUUGCUGCGAGACUUCAUAAUUUCAAUCGUACGAUCAAUGAUGUUAUUAAAGUUGUUAAAGUACAUGAAUCAACUCUACGUAAACGCCUCACAGAGUUUGGUGAAACUCCCUCCGGUGGGUUAUCUAUUGAAAAAUUCAUGUCAAUUGAUUUAGAUGAGGAAUCUGACCCUCCAGCCUUUACAGCUGCAAGGAAAAAAGAAAGGGAAAGGGUUCAGACACUUUUAGAUCAGCAAGAAGAUUUGGACUCAGAACUCACAGAACUUCAGCAUGUAAUUGAAAAACAUUUAGAAGAGAGAAAGAAAAAACUUCGUGGUAUAUGGGCCAAGUAUGACAGAGAAGAAGAACAUGAUGAAGAAGAACAAGAAAAUGUCGAUACUCAAAAAUUUAUAACUGAAAUGACAUUGCAGACCAUUGAUGAGUGUCUUGGUAACAAUGCAGAAGAGGUAAAGAAGGAGGUUAAACCUCAAGGCAUUGGACCUUCUGCAGCUAGCUUAGGGCUGAAGGAAUCUAUAGAAGAAUGUAUGGAAAUUCGUCCAUUAGAUCCAGAGCCUGAGGAUAACGGAUUCUUAGAUUUGACAGGCAUAGAUGAAGGUGAAAUAGAUUCCUAUAUUCUGUCAGAUAGAGAAAUAAAGUUUAAAACUGAACUGUGGAUGAAAAUUAACAAAGAAUAUCUAGAAGAAAUGAAGUUGAAACAGGAAAGAGAGCAGAAAGAAGCUGAGGAGCGUGAGAAAGAAGGUAAGCCACCCAAGAAAAAGAAGAAUUACACCAAGAAGAACAAAAGUAAUGUCCCAGCAAAUACUGCUGGUGAGGCUAUUGAAAAAAUGCUCAUGGAAAAGAAGUUGUCCAGUAAGAUUAACUAUGACGUACUAAGGAGUCUUAAAGGAGAGGAUGCAGAGGAGGAGGUAGACAUAAAGGAAGAAAAGCCUAACACAAAAUUGCUGCGAGCAGUGCCUGUGGAGACCCCUAAAGGCAUCUCUUCAGUACUUCACUCUUUAACAGGGAAAAGACCAAAGAGUCCAUCAGCUGAUGAAGAUGAAAAGCCUUCAAAGAAAACCAUGGGGGACUUGAAAAAGACCCCUGCCAGUACUUACAAGGACGAGGAAGAGGAGGAGGAGGAGGAAUAUGAGGAAGAAGAAAAUGAAGAGGAAGAUGAAGGUAGUCUGUCAACUGCCCAGUUAUUGCGAAGAAGAAGAGGUGAAGACCAAGACAUGGAUGAUUAUUAUGAUGAUUAUGAUUGAAUGAUGUUUUUAAUCAGGUGUCAUUUGAAG